CUGAUGGCGACCCAGACGUCUGCGGCGGCGAGAACCACUCGAUGGCCCAAACCCAAGCACACCAAGAAGCCCCCACGGGGAGGCAGUGGUGGGGGGCCCAGGCCCGGGGGGCAAGGUGGUGUUCCCCCUCGCCAGGGUAUCCACCAGAUUGCCACCACGAGCCCCUCCAGCACGGCCGGGACAGAGGAGACCACAGAGUCCAUGAUGGACGGGUACUCCUCUUCCCCCACUGACAGCACCACGUACUCUGUCGAUGCCUACUCCACGGAUUACCACACGGAGGCCUCCAUGGUGCCGGCCGGGGUGUUGCCGGAGAACUACACGCUGGACUAUAACGAGUGCUUCUUCAACUUCUGCGAGUGCUGCCCACCUGAGAAAGGACCACCAGGGCCCGUCGGGGAGAGAGGGCCACCAGGUACUGAUGUAAAUAAAAUGAUUCCAGGACCACCAGGCGAGAUGGGUCAGCUAGGCCCAAUAGGACCGGCUGGUCCGGCAGGUGUCCCAGGCACACCAGGACCUCCUGGAAACAAAGGAGAAAAAGGAGACCACGGCGAAGCAGGUGUACCUGGUAUUCCUGGUAUUCCUGGAAGACCUGGGGAUAAAGGUGGUGCAGGCCUGAGCGGUAUGAAGGGAGACACAGGCCCUCCCGGGAUGAAGGGAGCCCAGGGGGAGAAAGGAGACAGAGGGGAGCUCGGAAGCAGGGGGGAGAAGGGGGAUCCAGGAGGCGUCGGGUUGAUGGGAGCGCCCGGAUUAGACGGAAUGAAGGGAGAAAAGGGGGAGAGAGGGGAAGUGGGAGAGUGCCUACCUGGAGAGAAGGGCGAGAGGGGUGAGAUCGGACCAAGCGGGCCAAGGGGAGAGACUGGGGUUCCUGGAAGGAACGGCACCCAGGGCCCUCCGGGGGCUGAUGGUCUGCCGGGCCAUGAGGGGUCUCCAGGGGUCAAAGGGGACAUGGGGCCCAUGGGCCCCCCAGGCCCCCCGGGGCUGAGAGGGCUACCAGGAGCCAAGGGUGCCAGAGGGCCCAAAGGCCCCCGCGGCCAGAGAGGACUGAAGGGAGCCAAAGGGGACAGUGCGGUGCAGGCUCGCUCUGCCUUCAGUGUGGGUCUUUUCCCCAGCCGGUCUUUUCCUCCUCCGGGCCUGCCUGUCAAAUUCGACAAGGUCUUCUACAAUGACGAGGGCCACUGGGAUCCUGUCACCAGCAAAUUCAACUGCACACACUCGGGCGUGUAUGUGUUCUCGUACCACAUCACCGUCCGUAACCGGCCCCUCCGUGCCGCCCUGGUGGUGAAUGGCGUGCGUAAAUUACGCACGCGCGACUCGCUCUAUGGUCAGGACAUCGAUCAAGCCUCCAGUUUGGCGGUGUUCCGGCUAUUGCAUGGAGACCAGGUGUGGCUCGAGACUCUCCGGGACUGGAAUGGAGUCUACUCCAGCAGCGAGGAUGACAGCACCUUCUCCGGGUUCCUCCUUUACGCCGACGUGCAGGACUGACCAUGACGCUCUCUGACUACUGUUGAUGCUGUUGCUGUUGCUAAUCCUAUAUUGUGUACACCAUAGUCAUGAGUGCAAGAGUUAUGCU